UCUUCGCUCCCAAUUGCUAGAGUAAUACAGAGAGAGAGCGAGCGAGCGAGAGAGAGAGAGAGAGAGAGAGAGCGCUCUUUUAUAACACCUCAAAAAAAUGGUCUUAGGUCCAACCCACCACCACCCUCUCUCCUCCCUCUUUCUCUCUCCUCCUCCCAAUUCCAAAUCCGCCGCAAUCACCACGGUCCCUCUCGACCUCCCUCGGACCCGAGCCGGCCAGUCCCAGUUCAGAUGCUCCGCGGGUCAGACCGGGUUCUUCUCCAAACUCGGUCGUUUGAUCAAAGAGAAAGCAAAAUCGGACGUGGAUAAGCUCUUCUCCGGGUUUUCCAAGACCCGAGACAAUCUCGCCGUCGUUGACGAACUCCUCCUCUACUGGAACCUCUCCGAAACCGACCGCGUCCUCGACGAAUUGGAAGAGGCUUUGCUGGUGGCUGAUUUUGGGCCAAAGAUAACUAUAAAGAUCGUGGAGUGCUUGCGGGAGGACAUAUAUGCUGGUAAGCUCAAAUCGGGAAGCGAGAUAAAGGAUGCAUUGAAGAGGAGUGUUUUGGAAUUGUUAACUACAAAAGGGACUAAAACGGAACUUCAACUUGGAUUCAGGAAACCUGCCGUCAUAAUGAUUGUAGGUGUCAAUGGAGGUGGAAAAACGACAUCUCUUGGAAAGCUGGCUCACAGGUUGAAGAAGGAAGGGGCUAAGAUAUUGAUGGCAGCUGGUGAUACAUUUAGAGCAGCUGCUAGUGAUCAACUGGAAAUUUGGGCUGAGAGGACAGGGUGUGAGAUUGUUGUAGCUGAAAAAGAGAAGGCAAAAGCAUCAUCAGUUAUAUCACAGGCUGUUAAAAGAGGGAAACAAUGCGGCUUUGAUGUUGUUUUGUGCGACACAUCUGGGCGUCUACACACUAAUUACGGUCUGAUGGAAGAAUUGAUUGCAUGCAAGAACGCUGUCAGCAAAGUUGUUGCUGGUGCCCCAAAUGAAAUCCUUUUAGUUCUGGAUGGAACAACUGGCUUGAAUAUGCUUCCACAGGCAAGGGAGUUCAACGAGGUAGUCGGAAUAACUGGUUUGAUUUUGACAAAGCUUGAUGGUUCUGCUAGAGGUGGCUGUGUGGUUAGUGUGGUUGAUGAGCUUGGCAUUCCUGUAAAGUUUGUGGGUGUUGGGGAAGGCGUAGAAGACCUCCAACCCUUUGAUGCUGAGGCAUUUGUUAGUGCUGUAUUUUCAUGAGGCUUGAAGAAUGUGGGCUAUCUUCGCAAAUGACAAACAUUCGAAGAUCUUGGCUGAAACACCGCAGUCUACAGAGAUGAAGGCUAGUAAAGUAUAACCCGUCUACCGUUGCAUAUAGAGGCCAAGGCCAUUAUAUAGGAGGGCGGGUUUCGAGCACAUUUUGUAACAAAUUGGGAAGAUUGCCUCUGCCUGCAGAUUUCCUGCUGAUAUUGAGAAUGUACACAAAUUUUCUUUUUGUUUUUCUUUUUGGUAAUAUGACAUUAAGAUGAGGAUCUUCUUUCUGUAUGAAACUGAAGAGGCUGAUAACCAAUAUCAAGUUGAAUGAUGACUUAUAGCUUGAGAAUUGUGCAUCACCUACCAUAUCUUUGUUAUUCAUGCUAUUUCAAAUGUUUGCAUCUCU